UAUAUCUCACCUCAUUCGCAGAGAGAGAAAGAGAGACUGAGGGAGUGAAAGUGAGAGAGUGAGAGAGUGAGAGAGUGAGAAAGAGAGUAAGAGAGAGAGAAAGAGAAAGAGAGUGAGAAGGAGUAGCUGCGAGGACUGGGAACUGAAGGACUCUAAAAUGACGGAGCGGGCAGCAAAGAAGCAAGGCUUCAAAAAGUGUCGGAGUGCGACGUUCAGCAUCGAUGGCUUCAGCUUCACCAUCGUGGCCAACGAGGCUGGGGAGACCAACCGGAGACCUCUGGCUCGCUUUGCACGCUCUAAAUCCCAGAAUGCUUUGUGGAACGCCAUCACGGCGGGGAUCGGGAUCAAAGACAAGGACCGGCCCGGCAUCGUGAUCGACCCGCGCAGCCCGGACCAGAUCCUGGCGGACGAGCUGCCCACGGUGGACGGCCCCGAUGCCAUGGAGCGCACCGCCAUCAGGUUCUGUCUGAUCGCCUCAUUACUGAUGUACUGGUCCCAGACCAGCUGCCUCUGA